AUCAAAUAAAUAACUGCCCAACGUCUUCUUCUUGUUCUUGGUUAAUAAUAAUAAUAAGCUGCAUUUUCUUGUCUGCGUAAUAAUGGAGGAAGAAUUGAAGUUAGAUUGGAAGAAGAUAUACUCUGUAUUUGUGAUUGACGAUGUGUACGAGCACAUCAAUGCUCCUCAAUGGGUCGAUUUCUCCUUAAUUGACGUACCGGACAACUACGAUCAUCUCUGGUUCUGCACACCUGAAUGCAACCAUCCCAAGACUGCUCAAGACUUUCUGAAACAAUUACCCUCCUGCACAAAACUUAAGAAAUCUGCUAGCUGUAAUGAUGAUGAGGUUAUUAGAGAUUCUAACUUGAAUAGGAGAAGAAUGUUGAAGAAAGGUUCCAAUACCAAAUGUGAAUCGGAUUGUGAAAAUCACAAUCCUAAUCUCUCUUCCAAGAAUUUGUUUGCUGCUUCUUCUGGAGAUCAUUGGCCAAUUACUGAGUUUUACAAUGAAUUCAAGAGGAAAUUGACCAUUAGAACCAAAACAACAGAGCAGAAGAAGAAGAAGAAGAAUCCAUUGUUGUUUGAUUCAGUAAAAGAGAAGUCGCCAUUCCUUCCUAAAGUAAAAGCCCAUUUCAUUCGAUUAGUCAAGUUAAGUAGAGAUGAUCAUAACAAGAUUAUGAUUAAGGGAAGAAAAGAUGCCCAUAAUCAUCCUCACCAAAACAAACUGAUUGAGUUUCACAGAUCAUCAACAACUAAAAUACUGCAGCAGGUGGGUGGUCGAGGAGGAAUCCUUCAAGAACUAGAAGAUGAACAACGAGCACCAAUGUGAAGGUGGUGGUGGUUGUGAGAAAGAAAAAAAGAAAAAGUUUAGAUUUCCUUCCUAGCUCUAGCUGAUCUAGUUCAUUAUUUCAUUCAUUCAUUCCCUGGUAUUAUUAGAUUGUAUCCAUUUUUAUAGGAUUUUGUUGAUCCUACAGUUUUAAUAAACAAUAUUAAUAGAUU